CUCCGAGUGUUCGCCCAAAGAAGUUCGAGGACGAAUCAACGGGAUGUUCCAGAUCAUGGUGGCCACUGGAGUUAUGCUGUCCUACUUCAUAAAUUCGGUAUCGGCACCCAUUCCAGUGGCAGAACGUAUGGAAAAUCCUAUUCGGGGUCCAGCUCGCGCCGUCUAGUAUCAUGACCUUCGGCUUGUUGACUAUCAAGGAAUCGCCUCGUUGGCUCGCGUCAGUUAACCGAAAAGAUGGUGCCCUCAAGAACCUUGCCUAGCUGCGAAGACUUCCACCCACCUCUGAGCAAAUCCUGCACGAGAUGGCCGAAAUCGAUGCCGUUGCUGAGGAAGAGCGCUUGGCUCGCGAGGGUCUGCAGUGGAAAGAAGCAUUUUUUGGUCUGGAGUAUACGGCGUCGUCAAACUGGCAUCCACGUUGUUGUUCGU